CUUACGCCCAUUAGAUACAAAAAUUGGUUAUGCAUCAAUUUUUUCCAUAAAACAAAAAUUAUAAAAAGGGCAUAAAUAGGAUAGAAGAGAGGGCAGAUUGCCCACAUCCCCAGGCCUCCCAAUCAUCAAACUCCCCCAAAUGGGUAGGACACCUUGCUGUGAGAAAGUUGGCCUGAACAGGGGCAGGUGGACUAGAGAAGAAGAUGAGAGGCUCAUCAAGUAUAUCCAACAGCAUGGUGAAGGCUCUUGGAGGUCACUUCCCAACAAUGCUGGUUUACAGAGAUGUGGAAAGAGUUGCAGAUUGAGAUGGAUCAAUUAUCUGAGAUCCGAUUUGAAGAGGGGAAACUUCACUGCCGAAGAAGAAGAGACUAUUGUCAAAUUGCAUACUUCAAUGGGCAACAGGUGGUCAUUGAUAGCAAGCCAAUUGCCUGGACGAACGGACAACGAAAUAAAGAAUUACUGGAACUCUCAUCUUAGCCGGAGAAUGUACAGUUUCAGGUUCAUCAGAAGCGGGCCCACACCGGCGGUGGCCGAUGACGUCGCCUCCAAAACGCCCUCUUCACGGCGGAGAAGAGGUGGGCGUGUCAGCCGAUCCCUCGCUAAAAAAUACAACACCGCGUCCUUCCACGUCGCCUCAUCCUCUUUCCGAAAUAAAUGCAACCCGUCAGAACUUCACGGGUCCCGUGAAGAACCCGGCUCCACCGAGCUCCCUUUGGGCCCCACCACCGCCAAGGGACCAGAUGAAAACAAGGUCCCGGCGAUGGGCCCGCGCGGCGAAGGAUUUGACAGCGAAAUGACGCCUGGCGAGGUCGCAGGCGGGGUUUUAUUAGCAGUAAAUGCCGAGGCAGGGGUGGGUUGCGGGAGUAUGCCGGCCGGCGACGGAGACGGCGGCGAGUGUAAUGCAACCGCCGGACACGGAAUAUUUCACGACGAGGAAGAAUGGGUUAACUGGAUUUUAGACGAUGAUGACGUCGUUGAUGCGAUUGAAGGAUAUGAUGAAAUCUGGGAAGGAUUUAAUGACAUGCUGCUAUGGCCGUGGGACGAUAAUGAGAAUAAUAAAAUGAUGAUUGACAGUGAUAAUACAAAUAGCUAAUUACAAUUUACCUUUAUUAUGAUUUGUUUACUAUGAUUAUUAUGCUAAUUACACUCAUUAGAAUUACUAGGAGGGUAUUUUGGAUUUGUUUUUUUUUACAUGAUGAUGACUUGAAUGGCUGAAUGUGAUGAUCAUCAUUGGGUGGG